GAACGAGAUCGCGACGUCCCGCAGCAUGGCGCGGCGACACAGCGCGGAGGAUCCCCUGAUGGACCAUGAAUUUGAAGGUGGCGCGCAUGACGUGCUUCGCGCGAACUCGUCGCUGAGCGAAGUCCGCGGCGUGCACUUUGACAGUGAAUUAGCGACUCCUGAAUCGGACGACAUGACGCAACCCACAGCGGUGUACCGCAGCAUGUUUUCCCACCGAUCACACUCGUUUGGCACACCGUCCUCUUCAAGAAAAGAAAGCUCAAGCUUUGGAUAUGACGAUGUCACGAUGGGCAUUGGCGUCGGCACGCCGCAGUCGUCCCCACGAUCACUUCGCGACGUAUCCCGCGUGUCGGUGCAAGAAAUUGCGCGGGACAUGGUAUUGAACCGCAAGCUAAUCGACGAAGGUGUCGGUCUUACGCACCCUGACGACGUUCGCGACAGCAUUCGCAUGAUCCAAGCGCAUUCACGUCGUGAACUGCCACAAGACUGUGACCUAAAGUCCACCGCGCGCAUCAAGAACAAGUCGUACACUCUGACGUUGUCGCGGGACACCUUAGCGUGGUUCCAGGAAUCCAAACGAGUGGGAUUUAUCGACACCGACGAUAUCGUGGGGGCCGAAGCAUUGUCUGGCGGCGCGACCUCGGCGUGCUUCCGCGUGCACUACUUUCGAAAGGGCAAAGGAUCGAAGCCGUCCAAAGCGCUGCUUCGCACCCAUCACGUGUUGGUCAUCGACACGUCGAGCGAAUGUGUCGCUAGUGCAUGGAUCCGGUCGAUCCAGGAGCUUGUCCGGUGGCAAGCGCGCGCCCCGCCGACGUCACAGAAACGGCGCAUCCGUGUUGUUGUGAACCCGCACUCGGGCCGUCGCAAUGCCCCGCGCAUUUGGGAGCACGACGUCAAGCCGUUCUUUGACCUGGCUGGGUUCGACUACCACGUCGACCACACGACGUACGGCGGCCACGCAGUCGACAUGGGCCGCGAAUACUCGACCGACGAAGGCUACGAAGCGAUCGUGUUUGUAUCUGGGGAUGGCACGAUCUGCGAGUACAUGAACGGGUUGCUGGCGAGGCCAGAGGCAGAGUGGAGACAUGUCGUCGCAACGACGCCCAUCUCGCUCAUCUCUGCAGGCACGCAGAACGCAUUUGGAACGGGCGUUGGCAUCCCCACCACGGCGGCGGCGGUCUAUUGCAUUAUCAAGCGAAAGCUUCGCCCGCUGGAUGUGUGCACGGCGAUGGCGGCCGAUGACCACAGCACUGUCCAGUACAGCUGCUGCGGGCUCGGUUGGGGGGUCCCCGGCGACAUUGCCGCCGAAUCGGAAAAGUACCGGUGGAUGGGAACGAAGCGGUAUGCGUUCCUCAAAGUGAAGCGCGCGCUGUUCCCGAAGCGGCACACCGGACGCCUGCAAUAUGUGCCACUUAAACCACAGCCUCCGCUGCGGCCGUAUGACGAGAUCAAAAACUUGGGCGCUGACGAUCAGUACGAAGUGGAAGAAGGCAACAUUUACGAUGGCAUGGCCAGCGUGCGCAACGCGAGCUUACGAGCUGUGACCAAACUGGCCGGUGCAGUCCGUAGUCCCGCCAGUGCACGGCGCUUCCGUGAAGAGUGGUGGACGGCCGAGACGGGAUCGUAUGUGGCCGUGGGGGUGCUGAACUCGGCUCCCGACGGCGCGUACUGCCAUCCAUCGGACGGGUGCCUCGACCUGCUCGUGGCCCGCAAGGGGAAUCUAUUUCAGAUGCUCCAUCUCGCCGUGCUGUACUUGCUUGGAAAGGAGGAGAAAAGUUCGCUCAUGUCGUACGUGAAAGUCAAAGCAGUCGUCAUAUCCCAAAACGAAUCGGACGGCGUGAUGAACAUGGACGGCGAAGUCCUUCCUGGCCCCGGACCCUGGCGCAUGGAGGUUGUCCCGAGCUUGUUUAAGGUGCUUUCUGAAAAGUAGCGCCAUUUUUAUUCCAAUGCGACCAUCCUGUCGGCCAUGACGCCGCACACCUGGAUGCUUACGUG